UGUUUAUAAUUUCUUCAAAAAAAUUUAACAAAACAAUUUGAGCUGUCGUAUUUUUGUUAGUUUAGAAAGAAUGUGUUGUAAUUAAGCAUAAUUCAUUAUCCAGUCUCAAUACCACUCUUUACAGAAUAGUUUAUGUUGUGACAAAUUUGUUCACGUACAGCAGAUCUGCUGGCGCUAAUGUCAAACCGUGCUUUCUUUGUUAAUUUAAUUUACAAACACGGGUAGAAAAAUCACCUCAUCCGUGUGGGGGGUAGAAUUACCUCAAUAUCCUGACUCAGUGCCUAAGUUCAUUAAACAAGUUCGUUCGUUCAACGGAAGCUGCUAGCACAGCGCGGGGGUAAAGAUUGGAUGCAAUGCAUACUGUUGUCGUUGGGCGUAGAGUAGGCAUGGAGAACAGAGAAUCCAUCGAAGAUGAUCUUGAUAGUGCGACGGAAGCGUUCGACCAAAGUACGUUGAGCAUAAAACACCAGACCAAGGGCACUGUGCAAGAUAUUUGGCAGCGCCCUACAAGACGACCCCUUCCUCCAGCGGACGAUGUGGUGCUGUGCUUCGAGAUUCCACUCGCUCGUAUUCUACCGACGGCCGCUACACCAGGCGAUGGAGCCACUAGCACUGGCAAGAAGUACGUGAUAUAUGAGGUGAACAUUCGCAAGGAUGGUCCCGGGCCGGAUCCGUACCCGACCAGCGUCGAACGACGCUACACUCACUUCCUGCGGCUGUACGAAGGGCUGCGUAAAGACCACCCGACACUGCUGCAAUCGGUUAACUUCCCGAAGAAGGUUCUGAUGGGAAAUUUCACCGCCGAACUGAUCGGCGAACGUAGUGCUGCCUUCGAGUGUUUUCUCGAUCAUAUCGUAUCCGUGCCUUUGUUGCGUGAUUCGGUUCAUUUUCUAGAGUUUCUGCAAGGGGAUGAACUGCGAAAUGCGUGUCAAUUAUUGGACGAACGGCGCAAUGAGCUGGCUGUACCGCUGUUGGAAAAUUGCUUCCGAUUGUUGAACAAAAUUUUUCUGGACAAAUCCAAGUGUGUGUUGUUGCUGCUGUGCCGGCUGGUGGCAGCCUGUACCACCUCACCGAUACCGCAUCCGUCCGCGGAACAGUGGGCCGAACUGGCUUUACGACGUUACGAGCACGUGUGCGAUACGGAACUGCUGGUGCUUUACAUUCCACUGCUGCAGACGUGUUUGCAUCUCUGGUGGCAAAGGGGACGCGACCGUGGUCUGCUAGAGGAACGGUUAAACGAGAUGGGCAAGAAGGGUAUCAAGGUUAAGGGUGGACCGACUCUUGCCCAAGCCAUACAUGCGCUAGAUCCGCGGGCCGAAACGAUUUAAUUAAGUGAGAAACGAUUUAAUGUUGGGCAGUGGUAACGUUACAGCAAAUGAUCAUCACAAGUGCAUCCAACAAACAUCACAAGCUACAAGACUAAACUUUUGUUUUCUGUAAUUGUACAAUUCUGUUUUUAGCUUUAAAAAUGCAUUUUGGGUUGUUUACAUGCUGGUUUGCAGACUGGAAAUAUCGCUUGGGCAGUGCGUAUUGAGUCGCGUAGCAAACGCAUUUUAUUUUACUUUCUGAACAAGACGUGAUAUCAAUCUUACAUCUUCAUAUUAGAAAUUUUUAUACAUUAGGGCAUUGUAUCAAAGCUUUUGUUCGCUUUCGCUUGCGUAAAGAAACGUAGAGUACCUUAAGAUAAUUUGUCAUGGGUUCGGACAAUUUUAUAAAUAAAAUAUUAUGUGCAACUGCAA